AUGACAAUAGUUGCCCGGUACGCUGCUCGAACCAUUGCAGUUUCAGUCUUUGGCCUUGAUGCUGAUCGCCUCGAUCCUCGUUCGCAGAUCUUCAUCGAUGCCAACAAUCCCUCCAAUAGGAUCUCGGCCCAGCAAGCCCUUCAGACGGUUCGCCAACUGACCCACGGCCUUUCAGCGCUGGGCCUGAAGCACGGCGGAUGCGUGUGCCUGCAUGCCUUUAACAACAUCUGGUAUCCCUUGAUCUGGCUGGGAGUAAUCGGAUCCGGGGCUCGUGUUGUUGGGUCCAAUCCCAAAUACACCAAAGAUGAGCUGAUUCAUUUGCUCCGUCUCACGAAGCCCAUCGUCAUCUUUGCUCAAGUAGACUGCUUGGAACCAAUGAUUGAAGCGGUGGCCCACUGCGAGAUGGACACCAAGAUUUUCAUCAUAGGGUCCCAUGACGCCUCACACCAGGUCCAAGGUCAAGAAUAUGGCAGCUGGCGUACACUGUUGUGUGAGCCCGAAGGUGAUGGGCAUGCCCGAACCGCAGACGGGAAACCUGACCAAGAGCGCAUUGCGGCGUAUGCCAUGACCAGCGGAACAACCGGUCUCCCUAAGGCCGCGAUGAUCUCGCAUCGGUAUAUUGUGGCCUUGACGGCAAUCCUGGAGGAUGAAUUCCACCACAGAUCGUACCGACCAUCACAGCUGAUCUGUCUACCUGUCUUUCACGCAUUUGCAUCACCCUUGGCCCUGGUCUUGCCACUUCGAUUGGGUCUUCCCACCUUUUUUCUGCCAAAGUGGUCGCUUUCGGAAUAUUUGCAAGCCAUACACACGUACGCCAUUACCGACACCCCAGUCUCUCCACCAAUUGUUGGCGCUUUGACCCAGCUCCCCGCUUCCAAGUUGCCCCUCCUCGAAAGCCUCCGAUAUGUCAUCUCUGCCGGUGCCACUCUUCCCGCAAUCGUGCAGAACAAGUUGCGCGAUGUCUUGGCACCCACGGCGAUGAUUACUCAGUGUUGGGGGACCACUGAAGCAGGCUGGCACACUAUAGGCAGCUGCUCGCAAGAGAAGGAUCGUUCGGGAAGCGUGGGGCGGUUGCUGCCAAAUGCUCAAAUGAAGUUGGUGGAUGAAGAUGGCAACCUGAUUGUAGAGGAGGGCAAGGCUGGAGAGGCGUUUAUCAAAACCGCCAUGUUGUUCUCGGGGUAUCUGGGCAAUCCUGACGCCAACAACGACUCCUUCGACUCGGACGGCUUUUACCGCACUGGCGACCGGGUGUCUGUCCGGGGAGGUUACCUGUACUAUUCUGACAGAAUCAAAGAGACGAUGAAAGUCAAGGGGUGGCAGGUCUCACCGACGGAGCUCGAGAAUGUUCUCAUUCAACAUCCCCAGAUCGAAGACGUCGCUGUGGUCGGUGACAUCCGGGAGAUCGCGGGAGGAUUGUCGGAGACGUUUCCAUGCGCAUAUGUGGUUCGAUCUGGCGGUGAUCGAGUAGCCCCAUUGCGAGAGCAGGAUGUCAAGAAUUUUGUUGCUUCCAGGCUCAUCUCAUACAAGCAAAUCACAGGGGAUGUCGUCUUCGUCAAGCAAAUCCCUCGAUCUCCCUCUGGAAAGAUCCUUCGUCGAAAGCUACCUCAAGCUGAGCGCGAUCUGACGAAUGAAAACGUGAUGGCGAAAACUGAGGAGGAAUGA